GGGUUUGUUGCCCUUUCCACGACCCUUAACAUGGCCGACCUGCUGCACAGUCUGCCUUUGCUACUCCUCGUCAUCGUGCUGCUUCUCAUUGUUGUCUUCUUCCACUUGUGUUUCGUGGGCCUGCUCCUUCUCGCGGCUCGCAAAAGGAGAUCUUCCAAGAACGGCGACAAGAUGGAUCGUCGACUGACCUGCGGCAGACUGGCAGGCACGACAGCAGGAGCGACCAAUCGGCAACGCAGUGCGGGAUCUGUGGCGAAGCAGGCGUACGACCCGACGUUGUAUGCUCACCUGCCUUCUCACGAGAUUCCUCUGUCGCCGUCGGAUGAUGAGGGGGAAGACGUCAGGUCGUCGACUUUGCCGUUGGGAAGUGGUUCCACGCAGGAUUGGGCGGCGAUGCAGUCGUACGGUGGCAGGCGGGCGGAGAGCCCGUGGUCUCACACGUCACUGUUGAACGAGGGGCUGUGCGACGACGACGACAAUGAAGUGGUUGAUCUGAGCUUCCAGUUCUCCAGCAGCAGCGGAGCAGUGGCAACGCACGCUCGCAUCAUCAAUCCCCACCCAGAUGGGGAUUGCGCGGAGCAGACGUACAUUGAGGAGGAGUUGGCGCGGAUCAACGUCCGGAAUGGAUGCGCUUAUAGCCGGCAUCACGAAGCGGAUUCGGGACUCCUCGAGGACGGCAGCGACAGGAGGAUUUGCCUGAGGGAGGUGCGGACGUUGAACGCGACGGCAGGCAGUUGUGGGCGGAGUGCAGACAAGCGUUGGUCAAGUUGGAACGGAGACAAUAACAAGAGGGGUGCAACGGCUCCUCGUGGACGAAGGCGACGACGCGGCUGUUCAGGAGCAAGGGGGAUCACACGAUCCGCCCAAAGAAUUUGGCGGACACGAGGGUGGCGGGGGGGGGUUCAGAUGCCGGCAGGCGCGGGGGCUGGAGGGGAAUCCAUGGCCAGUGAGGGUGGAGAGGAGGCACCCGACGAGGAGCAGGGGUUGACGAAAGAUUCGACAUUCAACUCGGGGAGCGCCGACGGUUCUGGGAAGAGGAAAAACAUGCGGCAACAAACCUUUGAGGCUGUCGCCGAGGUCAUGGACAAGCAUGGUGCGCUCAUGGCAAGCACGAUGGACAGCGCGAGCAAGCGGCAAUGCUCUAUGAUGUUACGACAGUGCGAAAUCCUAGAGAGCGAAGUGGAAGUGCAGAGGAAACACUAUGCUGCGGCGGAUGAGGCGAACAGAAUGAUGUGCAACGCCCUUAUGGAAAUAGUGAAAGCCAUCUGCGAGAGAUCAUGAUUGAUGAUGACAUUUUUCCAAUGCCACCCCAAAACCGUGUUUGAUUAUGAUUUCAACAGUCGAAGGAAGACAAUGCGCACAACCCCAUAGAGCAGAUGAUGUCCAAGAACACAUCUUGUGAACAUGUAAUGGCACAGUGCAUCUUCGUCCAUAUUGAUCAUCGCAAUGAAAUAGCAACACUAAG